GUAUAAUGGCAAUGUGAAUGUCACCUCAAAAACAGUAUAUAAUCGACGCAAUUUCAGACCUCUUUGGACUUCAACUUGAUCUCACACUUUAGCUGCUAUCCCGACUUCAUCCAUUUCGAUGUCCUYUGCAAAUAUAUGCUGUUAGUGUUUACUUAUACUGGCUUUACUUUCAAUUCCUAGUAACAUCCCCACUUUGAAUACUCUCUAUCUAUUGUAUAAAUCUCAACAAAGCUGGGAAUUCAAUUUAUCCGAUCACAUUCCCUGAAAAAUGACGGGCAAAGCUGUGAGUCGUACCAACCUUCUCAUCAACCUGAAUAGAAUACUAGACAAGUAUGAAAGUAAAAUUAUGAAGAAGGAAGAUGAGGAUGACCUUAUACGUCCUAAAAGUCCUGAGAAGAUAUAUCGACUUGACCGUCAAGACAGGGACACUGAAGUACAAGAUGCAUGCCGAGUUUAUGAUUUAUCAAACAAAGAAGCMUUUUUAGAGAAAUGRCUCAACUUGGGAAUUCCACCGUUCUCUAUGACGUAUUUUAUGGACUGUCUAUCACGUGGRGAGAGGGAAUUGACCAUGCGGAAUCUUGGGAUUGGAGCACGCGGCGCGUCWGCUGUGAUGGAGGUUUUGGCGGGUAAUACAAAUAUACGURUURUGGAUUUAUCYUUGAAUAAUAUWCAGAAUCGAGGGACAUUUUCUGUGGCUAACGUUUUGGAAACAAACCGYACAAUUCAUCAGUUGAAUUUAUCGGAAAACCAUAUUGAAAGAGAGGGAAUCGAUUCAAUAGCCAAUAUGUUGACCUAUAAUAACACUUUAACUCAUUUAAUUCUAUCAAGAAACAACUUAAAUUGCAAAGAUAUUCAAUUUUUAUGCAACGUCARUCAAACUCUUGAAACUGUCAAAGUACUGGAUUUGAGACACAACMCAUURCGUGGUAAAGGAGGGAYAUAUAUCGGCGAAAUGCUUAGCAAAAAUAUAUCAKUGAGGGAACUUCUUGUUGGAUGGAAUUAUUUCGGAGACGAAGGAAUCAAGUACCUGUGUGCAGGSCUGAUGGUAAACAGAACCCUMGAAGUUCUCGAUAUAUGUUGGAAUGAAAUUGGUAAGGGAGGCGGACAAUCUAUAGCCGAAUGRCUUGAGAAUAACGGRCGACUUAUCGAGCUUAACGUCGAUAACAACCACAUCACUGACCAAGGUUUAAUAAACCUUGCACGGGGACUAGAAGUCAACGAGACGCUACAAGUUCUCCAUGUUGGUUUUAACGUCAUCACAGCAAACGGCGCGUAUAAAUUACUGGAAAGUUUAGCUCUGAACCCAAGAACUGCUCUCAAAAGGCUUCACAUAGCUGAAGUAGAAGUAACUACUAAGUUUGAGAAUUUGUUUUGGAAGAUUAAGGAGMCAAAUCCAUGUUUUYAUAUUUUGGAGAUGAACACGCCUGGUGGUGAUAUGUAUCAUUUUGAAGAACCACCAGAUCCAAUGAAUGUUCUUAGCUUUUACCUUGAACAAAAUGGUUUGAACAUUGAUGUUUCUAAGAAGGUGUUGACUUAAAUUAUAUUCGACGAAACAAUAUAAGGCAAUUACUAUGGAAAUGUACGUCGAGCUUAUAAAUUAAAUUCAAAAUA